UGAUAACACGGCCGCAAACUUGCCCGACGGAAAUUAAAUAUGAUUGAUUAAGACUACCUUUUUUUUUUAUCAAAGGUAGUUUUUUCUCACAAACUUCAUUUUCAUGCUCACUGAACUCGACCUUUCAACAAGGCAAACUUGAAUAAAAACUUAGAGAUUGUGUCAUUUACAAGCGUGACAACUUCCGGUUUUCCGCGAAAGGAAAUAGCAAGAGCGGAAGCAACUUUUUUCUAGGAACAUCUCGUUAAAUUUGUACUCCUGGAAUGAUAACAUGGCCGGACGGAGCAGAUGGCCGACAAGUGCAUGGUAUGGAACUCAGAGAGAAUCACCGGAGUUCACGAAUGAAGUGGAACCACUCGCUACCAACCAAGAGUUCAUCCAGAAUUUAAUAAAGCUUCCUGAGGAGCUCAGACGACUCCAAAGUGAGAACGAGAGACUAAAGAAGGAAGCGAAUGAAGCGUCGCGUUCAAGGGUAAAUUCGCCUAGCCAGGCAACCAUUAGUGAGAAAUGGUUUAAAGACCAACUGGAAGCCGAGAAACGACAGCUCAGUAGAAAAUACAAAGAAAGGUUUUUAGAAGAACAGAAAAAAUUUCAGCAGCAACUUCAGGCUAACACGGAAACUCUUCAGAAAAACAACAAUGAGUUGAAUAAGAACCUCAAUCAAAGCUCAAAGGAGAACCAGGAUUUGAGGAAAAAAUUGAAAGAAUAUGAGCACCUUCUACAGGAGAGAAGCAGUGUCAGUCACAGAUAUUCCAGAGACUCUCAGAGGGUUAAUUAUGAGCAACAAAUAAUGAAAGCGAGACAAGUCUCCGAAGGAUAUCGCCGAGAGCUCGACAGAUUUAAAGAAAGACAUGCAGCUGUCUCGGAAAGAAGAGUUAGGUCUGAUCAGAGAAGAACUGAAAAUACGUUGAGUACCAACAGACAGUCUCAGCUGGAGAGCGAUUACGUCAUCGAUUUUAAGGACGGCACACGUGUUGAUGCAAUAGACGUCAUGACAAGCAAAUCUGGACGUCGGAGGGGGAGUAACAACACCUCACUGGAGUAUGUAAAGUGCUGUAGAUCGGCCUGCUUCAUAUUCGAGGUAGCCUUUGAAGUUGUUCUCAGGGUGAAAGAGUCCUUCGUCAAAUUCACAUCCAGUGUAAUGGAAACAUUGGCCGCUGAGGCUCCUGCGUUGGGGUCAGAUACGACAUCGUUCCAAAGCAAACUUUGGAACACGCUGUAUAACAAUCCAAAAGGCGAUGUGCAUGCCACUCAGGAUGUGAUCAAUGAGUUGAUGAUUCUCGUCAAAGAAAGAGCGAAGACACACGAUUUGAAUUCACUUGUUCAGGACGUGAAAAGAUCUAUUUCUGAAAAAUGGACUCGUCAUCAGUUGCAAAGGGGAUCUUUUCUCCUUGAAUUCGACUUGGAUCUCUUGUAUAGACUGAAUGGCUAUAUUAAAUAUUGCACGCAGUUUGCAUGGUGUACUAUUACACAGGUUCCUCCUCUGAGAAUUGACUACAAGACCACUGACUAUGACCCAAAAGUCCACGAAGUGAGUCAAGCGUUUAGUCCCUCCGAAGAAAGGAGCCCUUCUCGUCGAGCACUGUACUCAGGGUCACGCAAAAUCAAGUGCUAUUUGUGGCCUACUUUGUUAGACUGCGAUGGAAAAGUUAUCAGGAAAGGGGAAGUGUUGUUGCUAUAACGUGCUGAACGCUUAGACAGCGGAUUGAUUUCAAGUUAUUCCUAACAAGAGACGAGAUUAAACUUGGAAUAAUUUAAUCACAUUUUCUUUCUUAAAGGGGUUUUUUCACAUCCAUCGUCUACGACGUGGAAGUUACUUCAGGUUAUUGAUAAAAAGUAUUGAUUCUUUGUGCUCUUUCAUUCAGUUAGACCUGAAAAAUUUAAAUUCAAACCCCAAAAAUUCGAUCAUGUCGUGGUUCAAUGAGGUAACAUACUUAAGCGGGAGGCAGGCAAGACCAACCAUUAUUUUUGGUAAUAUGACACAGCAUAGUCUCAUCGGUUCAGGUAAAUGUAACAAAAGGACCAUUGCCGUGUGACUUCGCUUGACAUUUCAAAAACCUGAACGAAAGUCACUGUCAUAAAUAACACACAUAGUAUUCUCGUCCAAAGCACCCUAAGUGAUAUCAAAAUGCAAGAUAUUCUCCUGUAAAUGGGACCCCCAUUUACUCUGCAGAAAAAAUGGUUGUCCGAGGAUGAGUAUAGGAACUGCCUUAAUAUCGUUUCCUCGGACCAUUAGGCCAAGAAUUUAUUUGCCUGUUCAUUUGUCCACGUUUCUAAGAACGAAGACACUUUCGUUACCAUUUUGAAAGUCUGCUGACCACCUUCAAGCAUGCGCCUCAAUGCUAAGGCAUGCGUACAAUCAUCACAAAAAUUGUACAUGAUCAGUGUAACCGUUUAUACACGCUAGAGAAAGGACACGGUGCCACUUUCUGUUCUUGCCUCGCCUAGUCUUGAGAAUAGAAAGAACAACGUCCCGACGUGAUCUCGAAACGAAAAAAGAAAUGACAAGGCCAGGCAAACUAAAACAUCGGCAAGGCAAGCUAGGCUUUAACUGUUUUCCGAUACAAUUUAUCCUUGCUUUGCAACAAAAAAAAAAUCAUUUUUGUCAAUAUUUAUCCUUGCCUCGUGUAAAUGGGGAUUUAUUCACCUUUGAGAUUGGCUCUGAAAUAUGUAACUUUUAUGCUCUUUCAACUGGUUUACAUUAUUGCCACUGGAUUCUGAGCUGGAUAUUAUCUCUCACUUGGUUCUCGUGCAGUAUUAGGAUUUUAUCGCCAUCGGAACGUGGUUUAUUUGCAAGGAAAAAAACAACACAUUACCCAUGUCGGAACGGUAAAUUCUUAUGACUCCUGGGUUAUCAAUAUGCCACUCUCUAGUUACAACGUUUAGCAUUGUUAGAACUCGAACCAUAUAGCGAAGUAAUCUUUAAGAUGUUUCGCUGAGCUCUUACCAUAUUUCUCGUGUAAUAACAAGCCAGAAUCCAAAGUACGCUGAUUUGUUCACAAGGGUGCUGAUUUUAGUACUUGUUCUUCCUUCUCUUAUCCAGAAUAGCAAAGCUUACAGUCCAAAAAAUUAUAUUCUUGAAAACAAUCAAAGUUUGUUCCUUAGUCGUUUUUGGAGUACUGCAAUCAGCGUGAGAGAGCGUUGUGUUACGGGAGUACUUAAAUAGAACUGAAGAAGUUUCUAGAACGCUUAGUCAUGCUGACUCAUUAAGAACUCUUAAUGGAACUUUCUAGAACCCUUAGUCAGCAUAUUUUGUUAUGAUGCAACAGUAAUGUAAUGAUACUAAAAAUAAUUGCAUUACGAAUCCCCAGAACAUUUUGUAAAACAUAUACAAGGGGUCGCGAUCGGUUAAAGUUAGGCCUUUUUCAGUGAGUUAGUGUUGUCGUGAAGAGCCCAGAGGAGCUAGUGUUAUUACAGAGCCGGACUACAGAGAGUUGUUGGAGUUAUUUACUGUUAUUGGAAUCGUCAGCCGUGUGGUAGGGUUCCGUUGGAAAAAGUUUAAGUGGAUAUCGAUACGUUACAAGGAUCUCUCAGUGAAGAGAACUGUGAGUUGUGCAAUAAUACACUGAGGUUAUAGUUUUUUAGAGGGCUCUAAGUUAAGAAGAUAGUUAUCAUAUUAGUAUUGGUAUCGCUCCGUAGUAAGAUUAUUCUGUCAGUUAAUAAAGUAGUUGAGUUGGUAUGAGUUGUUUCUUUCUGGUGGUUGAGAAAAUACCGUAACAAUAGACAUAGUUACAAGAAAUUGUUUCGUCAACGGUUGGUUAUUUUGCUUUUAGGUACUGAAUAUUUUGAAUUUUUCUCGUGGGGAGAACCUUAUGCCACUCUUUUCAAGAUUGUUGCUGACCACCGUGCCUUGUUCCACAAGUCUUAUGUCGUAGAGGGAAUGAUAUCAAGUGGUACGAACAAGCAAUUGGAUGUGGCUCCGGGAAUUUGUGACGAUAGCUAGGUUUCGUACCCAACCUGAAAUCUCGCGGAAGGCACAACAAUAACUGGGGAACUAGCUUCGUAGAAACGACUCGGGAGCGAGAGCGGGAACUCCGAUCCUCACGACUCCCUGGUAUAGGCGACCUCUUCAAGCGAGCUUUUACAGACGUCAAGGACGAGACAACCUUUUGGUUCCAGAGUAACUUUUAUUCUAGACCAGGCAAACAACUUGCAUGAAUUCUAGCGUACCCAACUUUGUAAUCGAGAAACAUUUUCAAAGCACUUACUUAAAUAUUGAACUGGUGUGAGGUUCUAUUGUCCUCUGAAUUGACAAUAUUUGAGUAACAUUACAAAAGAACGGAAAAGGUCUCUUUGAAGUCAAAUGAUUUGUAUCUAACUAUUCAUACGUCGAAAUUGGAAGAGCAGAUUCAAUAAACUUUAGGUCAUUAAAAAUAGGAAACUUAGACGAGAAUUCACAGCUUGGAUAUUGAAAAUAUACCCAUGGCAAUUACAACAGAGCAGCUUAUAAAAUAAAAUGAAGAAUACAAUUGAAAUUAUCUGCUUAUCAAAGGAAGGUUGGUGUUAAGCUUGAUCGUAUGAAAGGAAAUUGAAGUUACGAGUAUAAACUCAGCUGCCAACUACCAUGAGAACUAAUUUGGCCAGAAAGACCAUUAACACUUACAAAAUUUCUCUAGAAUUGAACAACAAAAGUAGCGAGAUGCAGCUAAACAAGUUCAGUUGAUUAUUCAAAAAUUACUGUGGCUUUUUCUACAUUUUUAAAACAUUACAAUGAAAGAAACUCACAUGAAUUGAAAACGGCUAGAAUCCCGAAAACAACGAAUAAAUAUGCUUUAACAACCACGCAGAAAAAUCACUAAAUUUUCCCGUAACAUUCCUCCCACCUUAAAUCGAGACCUACUGGUCGAGGAAAACUUCGAGAAACCGUAAGGGUCAUAAUGACAAAUAUGAUUUAGCAUUCUUAUAGCAGAUAAAUUCUUCUUCAGGUUGAAUAAUAUUUACUUCUUAAUGCGCUUAUGUCCUGUUUCUCACCUUGCAUAACCUUCUAUUUCCUAAAUAGUAACUAACAUACGUUUUGAAGGAAUUUUAAAGACCCAUUUCCAACCGAGAUGCCUUGCGCGC